AUGUCUGGAUUUAUUCUACUACUGUCACAUUUAAUGAACACCAAUACACCCACAAUUCUUUAUACGGAGAGUACACAAUUUCCCACAUGGAUUAUACCAUUUCCAGCGGUCACCAUUUGCAACAUGAAUUUAAUGUCAAAAACAAAAGUCAAUAUAAUGGCUGAAAGAUUUCAACGCAAUAGUAAUUUAACCAAACCCCAAUUGAUUCGCUUAUUUCGUUUGGUUCUCUAUGCCACACAAACAAUAAACGCAACCAACGAGGAAUAUCACCAACUGGACCUAUUACUCCAAAGGAAUAACAUUACAUUGUUUGAAUUACAAGAUGAAAUAGCCCCAAACUGCGAAACAUUAUUGCAACGUUGUAAAUGGAAGGGUAGUCACGAACGCUGUCACAACAUAUUCCAAAAAGUGCCCACCUUAUCGGGAAUGUGUUGUUCUUUCAAUGCACAUAUGGGAAAAUUGAAAUAUGAUAAAAGCAUUGAUUUUCAAAGCAAUGAGGAAUAUACUACCAGUUGUGGUGCUCAAACUGGUCUAACUGUAUUAAUAAAUCCCGAUUUGGAAGAUUAUCAUUUGACACAACGAAAAAUUGCCGGUCUGAAGGUAUUCAUCAGAGAUGCAUAUGAUUUCACAAAUACCAAUGGUUUGGAGAGUAUCGUAACACCUGGAACAGUAAAAUAUAUUCGUAUAACACCACAGCAAACCCGAUCUACCGACUAUAUAAGCAGUUUAAAUUUACCAUCACGUCGUUGUUAUUUACCGAACGAACGAAAACUAUUUCAUUUUCGUUCCUAUUCCCAAGUGAAUUGUUUAAUGGAAUGUCGUUCCCAGAAGCUGUAUGAAAAAUGUCGUUGUACUCUGCCAUACUGGCCGAAAAGGGAGAAGUGGCCAUAUUGUGGCCUCAAGGAAAGGGAAUGUGUUUUGAAGUAUAAAGUUCUCUAUAGUUCUGUGCUACAAACUGAAAGAGCUGAUUAUAAGAACAAUUAUUAUGCCGAACACCUUAUCUGUGAUUGUUAUCCUUUGUGCGAUUUCAAUAUGUAUUCAACCUUUGAGGAUUCGGGAAAAUUGAAUCGCGAAUAUUCAUUAACUGAUUUAAGAUUUUUCAAAAAUAUCAACGUGACCAAUCACAUUGUUCUGCAUGUCUUCUAUGCCAAUUUGUAUGCGGAACGUUUACGUUUUGACGUCUAUGAGAAUUGGUUGACAUUUAUUGGAACAUUUGGCGGCAUAACGGGACUCCACAUGGGCUACAGUUUUGUUUCAGGAUUUGAAAUGAUAUUUUUUGUAUUCGUGCGCCCAGCUUGUAAUUGGUUGACCAAAAAACAAAUACGUUAUCGCAUUAAGCGGCGACAACGAAAGGCACAAUUAGAGGCGGAAAAGAAACGUAAAGAGGAGGAGGAAAGGGAAAGGCAACGGCGCAUCGAAGCAUUUUUACAAAUUAGGGCAAAUUGUCCAUACUGA